AUGUACGGCGAACAGGGCAACAAACUCGUCAUCGACGCCAAACGAAUCCAUAACCUCCCCCAUCUCCCACCCUACGCAACGACCACUGUCCGCGCCGUCGUGAAAGAAGUCCGCGAACUCGAGCGCGAUGCCAAUGCUCUAUUGGCACCAUAUGCCACCGGCAGCAGCCAGGCGAGCGACGGCACCCAGAUCAAGUCCUCCUUCAACCCAGCCGACGACCCCGCCACCGCCUGCGCACUGAUGGUCAACCAUCUCUCCAUGCGGCGAAACAAACGCUGCCUGCUCGCCUACCACAAGACGCGCACCGACAAGCUCGAGGAGAUGUGCUGGGCCGGCAUCGACGUGACCGAGAUCCAGCAAUCCAACCUCGGCCAGUCCUCCCAGGCAAGCGGGGCCGGCGGAGCAGGGCAGCAGCAGAACGCGGCGGGCGCUGCAGCGACGAGCAGUCUCAGCGCCGAGGAGGAGCAGUACGUGCAUCAGUACAGCAACCUCCUCGCCGCGCUGAAGGGCCAAUGGACGGACGUCGACCUCGCGGGGAGCCUGGAGCCGCCGCGGGAUAUCUUCAUCGAUGUCCGCGUGCUGCGAGAUGCGGGCGAGAUCCAGACGGAAUACGGAUCAAUCACGUUGACCAAGAAUAGUCAAUUCUACGUGCGGCAGGGCGAUGUGGAACGGCUGAUUCAACAGGGCUAUUUGCAGCGUUUGAGUUGA